GAUGAGCCAAUGGCUGGAGCACAGCCGGGAGUUCAUGCGCUGCAGCUCAAGCCCGUGUCCGUGCCCGAGUGUUUGAGAAGGGGCAACAAAUUUAUGAAAUGGGACGAUGACUCUACCACUGUGACCCCUGUGACCCUAACAGUGGACCCAAAAGGCUACUUCCUGUAUUGGACCGACCAGAACAAGGAAACGGAGCUGUUGGAUAUUGCCUACAUUAAAGAUGCCAGAAAUGGAAAGUGCACUAAAACGCCAAAGGUUGUAAGGUGAAAGUGGCUG